AUGGCAGUCAACAGGCAUUGGGAGCAAGACAAGGAGGCCACGGUCUACAUUGGCAACAUCGACGAGCGCGCGACCUCGGCCAUGGUCUACGAAAUCAUGCUCCAGAUGGGCCCCAUCCACAACAUCCACAUGCCUCGAGAUCGCGUCACCCAAACCCACCAGGGCUUCGGCUUCGUCGAGUUUCGCACCCCUGCCGACGCCGAGUACGCCGCCAACGUCAUGAACGGCAUCAAGCUCUACGGCAAAUCGCUUCGCGUCAACAAGGCCAGCGCUGAUAAGCAAAAGGCAGCCGAGGUUGGCGCCGAGCUGUUCAUCGGAAACCUCGAUCCCAUGGUCGACGAGAAGAUCCUCUACGACACUUUUAGUCGCUUCGGCCCGCUGCUGAGCAUUCCCAAGGUUGCUAGGGAAGAUAGCGGCGCGAGCAAGGGCUUUGGCUUCGUCAGCUACGGCGACUUCGAGAGCAGUGAUGCUGCCAUUUCCAACCUGCAUGGUCAGUACAUCCUCAGCAAGGAGGUGUCUGUGCAAUACGCCUUCAAGAAGGACGGCAAGGGAGAGAGACACGGUGAUCAGGCUGAGCGAGCCCUGGCCGCGCAGGCCAAGUCAAGAAAUAUCCUUCCCGAGGCCCAACCUCUUCCUCAGGCCUUCCUCAUGAACUCGGCGGCCGCUGCUCCUGCUCCCGCCAACGCAGCACCCCCAUCCGCUCCCGCUGGCUUCGAUUCCGGUGCAAUGGGCGGCAUGCCCGCUGGAGUACCGCCCCCGAUGAUGGGAACGCCCACACAUGCGAAUAUUCCAAGCGGCUUUGCCCCUCCUCCACGCGGACCGUCUCCUUAUGGCGGUGGUCCUGGCCACGCUCCAAAUGGCUUCCCUGGUGCCGGGCGAGGCUCAGCUCCUCUCCCACCGGCGCCGUCAGGUCUGCCUGCGCGACCUCCUCAGAUCCAGGGCGGAUACACGAACCCUGCAGACUUCCAUCCGUCCCACUUCCGCCCUCCCUCAGGGGGCCCUCCUGGCGUGCCUCCUCCAGGAGCUUCAGGGACGCCUCCAGUGCCUCCUGGGUUCAUGCCACCUCCUGGAUUCCAGCCUCCGCCAGGCUUUGGCCGCCGAUGA